GUAACUACUAAAUUUUAUUGUUAUUAUAUAUUUAUUUUUUAAAAAUUGUCGUAUUUAAAAAAAAAAAAAAGAAAAGUAAACGAGAGAAAAAGAUAAAGAAAAAGAAAAACGUAAUGAGAAGAGUACAUCGCACUCUAUCGGGGAAGAGCGCCGAGAGGGCACAAAACGCCCUAAGAACACCCGCGUUUUUUCAAACCUACUUCAUAGCCAUUAUAUAUAGAUACACACACAUUUGUCUGUAUAUAUGCACACACAUUCAUUGCGAUCAGAAACAUUUCCCUUCGGGUUCCAAUUCCAGUUCAUUCAAUCUUCGCAUUUUCUGUUGUAUAGGAGUAGUAUCAUCAGUACAGUACCUUUUAUACUGCAAAAUCGGCGCAUCUAGGGUUUGAUGAGUUCAAUACAUUUACAGGGUUUUGUUGAUUUGUAAAUCUUCUCACUUGUCAGUGCAAAGCCCUAAAAAUAAUUAUUUUUCCAUUCACACACACACAGAUUGUGAAUCUGUGAGAAGUGAUGGGGAAGAGGAACACCAUUGUGGUUUCUUCAUCAGACGAAGAAGAUAAAGGUUUUUCAUUGAGUUCGAAUUUCAGCUAUUCCAAGCCAAAAACGAGACCAUCUUCGAUUCCUCGAACGAACACUCAAAGGGCAAAGAGAGCCCGACUCACCAGUUCUUGUUCUCGAGCUAGUAAAGACUCCAAUGGGUUUGACGAGAUCAAACGGUUCUGUGAGGAUUUUGACGAUGGGUUUACUGGGUUCAAGGUACCUGCUGGUGAUAGAAGGAACAACAAGGAUAUAUGGGUUGAUAAAUAUAAGCCUCGUUCCUUGGAAGAGCUUGCUGUUCACAAAAAGAAGGUUGAAGAGGUUAAAUUGUGGUUUGAGGAAAGAUUGAGAACUGCAAAGAAAGAAUCAUUUAAUCACGUCCUCCUCAUCUCUGGACAAACUGGAGUUGGAAAAUCUGCAACUGUCCAUGUGGUUGCAUCUCAUCUUGGAGCCAAAGUAUGUGAAUGGAACACGCCCACCCCAACAAUUUGGCAAGAGCAUUUGCAUAACUCCAAUUCAGGGCUACGAUACACAUCGAAGUUGGAUGAGUUUGAAAAUUUUGUUGAGAGGAUAAGGAAGUAUGGAAUGAUUCCUUCAUCGUUUAAUGGAGGGUCACAAACAUCAAUUGUACUUCUAAUUGACGAUCUACCUGUGGCAAACGGAAAAGUUGCUUAUAGGAGGCUUAACAGCUGCUUGCAUCUUCUUGUGCAAUCAGCUCGUGUUCCAACAGCUAUAUUGAUCACCGACUAUGCUACAGCUGACUCCGCAGACAAUAGCACACGUAGCUCGGAAGAGCUUCAGCUGUCUCUUCAGAGAGCUGGCGCUUGUAAGGUGGCUUUCAAUCCUAUUACAGUAAAUUCCAUUAAAAAGACACUUUCUAAAAUAUGCAGAGAAGAGCAGUGUAAAGUGACUGCUGAACAGAUUGAUCUAAUAGCAAAAGCCAGUGGAGGUGAUAUCAGACAUGCGAUUACAUCCUUACAGUACUUCUGUCUGAAACCUGAAUCAAUGUCCACUUUAUCUAUUUCCAAUUGUACUCCCACUUAUUCAAAAGAUAGAUCAGAUGAGAUUAAUCGUUCGGAUGAUGGAUUUUCUUUGCCAUUUGGCAGAGAUGAAACUCUAUCUCUAUUCCAUGCCCUGGGGAAAUUUCUGCACAACAAAAGAGAGACUGAAAAUUCUACUGAAUUGGGCAAAAAUUCAUUUGGUAUAAAGGAGAAAUUCACUAGACUACCAUUGAAAAUGGAUGCUCCAGAAAAGAUUCUUUGUCAAGCACAUGGGCAAGCAAGGCCUAUUGCUGAUUUUCUACAUGAAAAUGUUCUAGAUUUUCUGAAUGAGGAAGCAAUAGAUGACGCAUGGGUUGUGGCUUCAUACUUGAGUGAUGCUGAUUUCCUUCUUUCUUCUCUUAGUGGAAUGCUAACUAGAAAUUAUGAGGCACAAAAUGUUGUACAAUCUGCUGCUGCUUCAGUCGCUGUUCGUGGGGUGCUAUUUGGGAAAUUUCAUCCCUCACCUUCCAGGUGGCAUUCAAUUCGCCGUCCAGGGCUCUGGCAGGUUGAGCAAUCAUUAUGGAACAAUAAGCUUGAGAUGGUAAGCCAGAGAUGUGUUGCUUAUAAUGGCCUGAGCCUAGCUGAUAUGUCAGUUGUUGCAACUGAGUGCAAACCCGUCCUUAAAUGGCUAGGGUUCCGAGCAUCUGAUGGUCUUAAACCUUGUCAGCCAUCCAACAUGCUAGAAGAUGACAACUUGGAUAGCAUGAGUUUGGGUGAUAACGAGACUUCUGAUGACGAAAUAGAAGAUUGGUAAGCUAUGACAAAUGAUCUGGAAAGCAUAUUAGGCCCGGAUAUAACUCUCUCGUCUGUAAAUUUUGUAAAUUGGGGUUAGAAUUGCCAAUUUUGUGUUUCACCCCACUUUUCUCUUGUUAAUAUUUUUUUGGCAACGUCUUUUUUCAAUGCAUAUCUAAUAUUUCAAAUGUUUA